AUGGUCGGGCAAGGCGCACCUAUCUGUGGACCAGAGAGUUUUCCCGCUGAUGACGCUGUUCCCCAGCUUCAAGCUGAUGCAGUGGCACUCGGGACGAUGGCUGCCGACAUGACUCCUGUGGCAGAUGGCUUCUUCAUGGAAGACGAUGACGAAGCUGACCUGGAUCUUCCUUCCGAGGGGUUCUCCUCUAUUCCAGAGGCGGUAGAAGACAUCCGCCGGGGCAAGGUCAGUAAAUGAUUUGUCCUUUUAUGGGAGGUUUUGGCGCUUCUCUGCCGUUUUCUUUUUUUUCAUCAUCUUCCAUCUGAACUCUGUGUAAUGUUUUGCAGUAUGUAAUUGUUGUGGAUGAUGAAGACAGGGAAAAUGAAGGGGAUCUUAUAAUGGCAGCAUCUCUGGUGACACCGGAUGCAAUGGCGUUUAUUGUGAGACAUGGUACUGGAAUUGUUUGUGUGGGCAUGAAGGAUGAGGACUUGGAGAGGUUAGAGCUUCCUUUGAUGGUUUCGACGAAAGAAAAUGAAGAAAAGCUUAGCACAGCGUUCACAGUGUCAGUGGUAUGUUACCUAGACCACGCGGUUAUCAUGAGAAAUAUCAUUGUGAACCAAUAACAUCGCUUAGAAUCGGCGGAAUGGAUAAGGUUACCUCACAAGUACUGAUUUUUGUGUAGCUUGCUAGCCAGGAUUGAUUGUUCAGAAGUUCUGCCCAUUUUUAUUCUUAUCAUAAAAAAAUAAUCGAGCAUAUCAUUUUUCACGUAACCUUUAUUGAACAUUGAACGAAAUCUACCAGCAGAUUGCAUUUCCGUGUGGCCUUUAGAGACAUUGCAAGGAUAUCAAUUAUGAUUUACCACUUCUCUGGUGACACUUUCUUUGGAUGUAUGAUACAUCCGAAAACUUUCACGCUUGUUGAGUUUAUGCCAAGUUUAUUGUAAAAGACUAUCUGGAGAAAAAUGAGUCUCCGAUUGAUUUGUCAAAUAUACAUCUUAAUAUUUUUAUGAUUAUUUUAUUUUUUAUUGGAAGAAUAUGCACCAUCCAAAUGCUUGCUCCCAGCUUGUUAUAUGGGGAUUCGUUCUUCGAGAAAUAUGUGCACUUACAUUAUUAAGCAUGGCUGACAUUUCUGCAGCUUCUUGUGAAGGCUAUCUGCAGUUUCAAUGGCCUCUUUAUUUUUUCAACCUUUUCAGAUAUUUAUUCUGUUCAGAACAGAACUAGUUCUGUCUUUAUGACAGUAUAGCUCAUGUUGAAUGGAAAUUUUUAGUGUUAGCAUUGUAUUUAUCAGUAUCUCUAAUAGAACGAUGUCCAAGUGCUUUUUAUUUGUUUUCCUUUUUAUCGUUAUUUUACUGAAUGUUAGUGUCUUUUCUGAUGAUCUACUUCGACAGGAUGUAAAGGAAGGUACAACCACAGGAGUUUCUGCUAGAGACAGGACAAAGACAAUUUUGGCUCUUGCAUCACCUAAUUCAAAAGCUGAAGAUUUUAACCGCCCUGGUCAUAUCUUCCCCCUGAAGUAUCGGGAAGGAGGUGUCUUGAAACGAUCUGGGCAUACAGAAGCGUCUGUUGAUCUUGCUAUUCUGGCUGGUUUACCUCCUGUGGCUGUGCUAUGUGAGAUUGUGGAUAAUGAUGAUGGUUCAAUGGCACGACUACCUAAACUCCGUGAGUUUGCGAAGCAAGAGAAUUUGAAAAUUAUUUCAAUUGCCGACUUAAUCAGGUAUCAUCUUGAGAAAUGAAUGCAUCAACCAAGUAUUCAUUGAUUAAACGUAUUUUCAAUCACUUGAAUGUGCUGCUAUGACCUAUCUGCAUUGAAAUGAUUGCUGAAUAACAGGGUCUGGUUGUUGGUCACUAGAGCUGUUGUCUAGGAUGAUAGGAAGGCUCUGCUCACUCGACCUCGGCCUGAUUUUAUGCAUUUUUUGUUUACGAUUGGGUAUGAAUGAAUGCAGAGUCUUUUGUAAAGAGUCAUUGCAUGAAGUUCUUGAUGAACUGCUCCUCACAUAGGCAGCAUUUGGAUACCUAUGUAGUGAACUAGGGGAUUAUCUUAAAUCGGAUUAAUAUGAUUUCGAAAUUUUAUCUAUCCAUAUGGCAGACCUCUUCCCCUCUUAUGAAGGGACGAGGCAGCAUUUUUAGGAGGUUGUUCUCUUGGUCUGAUGGGCAUGGUCUUCUAUCUCUGGGUAUAACCAUGAUCUUUUUAGCGCCUCAAUCAGAAAGCUGCAAAUGACAGUGGAAAUGACAUGCAAUACAUAUCAUAUUUAAAAAAAGACGAGGACAAAGGGAAGAAAGGAAUGAAGAAAAAAUAGGAGGGGGGUUGAUGGAGGGAUAUUUCUAAUGAGUCUCAGAAACAGAAUAUGAUGGUUAAAAAGAGGAGGGAUUCCAGAAGGCUGCACCCAUAGGAUAAAGAAUGGGAAGAUAACCUAUAUGCUCAAUAGGUUUCUUCUUUCACAGUUCUCUCUCUCUCUCUCUCUCUCUCUCUCUCUCUCUCUCUCUCUCUCUCUCUCUCUCUCUCUCUCUCUCUCUCUCUCUCUCUCUCUCUCUCUCUGUUUCCCUUCCCCUUUCUUUUUUGCCCCCUCCUUGGUGUUCCUUCGUCUGUCAUCAUAGCUCUUGCCCCUUCCUUGGGUCAUUCGCUUAUCAUCUCAAAUUUAACGUUGCACAAGUACCUCCUGAAUCAUGGGAAUCAUCCCUCCGUUAUAUAUUUUCCAACUGAUGCUAGAAAGGAGCAAUAAAAUGUUUUAGAAACAAUUUACCUUGCUAACUAUAAUGCAUAGAUAGGAAAAGGAAAAGUUGGAGAGGGGAUGUUGACACGAAUUGGCUGAUUCGACGUGAGAUCAGAUUGAUUGCUCCGAUUGUGCUGAGCUCUGAUGGAUAUUUGACCAAAAAUUGUAACUGGCAGUGGGGAAAAUUUUGAGAUUUUGGACUAGCAGUGAUUGAUAUUAUGAAUAUUUUUGUGCUCAACGUGCUUUGAUGCACGAUUGAUGCCACUUUUGGUCUCUUAACAUGGGAGCACUGCAAGAAUUAUAGUGUUUUAUUUUCCCUUUUUAUCCAACGGCCAAGCGCUUGGCUACUCAGAUGUUAAGCUGAAUUCAUUUCUAGGUAGAAGCUCUUGCUUUUGAACGGCUGUUUUCUCAGUUGAGUAAGCAUAAAGUUCUCAAAUGAUUUAUGUUCGGUGGAUUAUUGUAAGAAAAAAAAGUAACCCUUGAAUCGUGAUUACAUGGUGGAAUGCUAGGGUUCUAGACUGAUCAAAAGCGAGGACUCUCUUUGUUGUUGAUGAAUAAUUACUGUACAGUCACUUAAUGUUGUUGAAUUCAAUAGAGGGUUAUGUUGUGGUAUUCUUGGUUGAUGUUCUAUCAAGGAUGUCAAUCAAGGUUUCUCAUGGUGUUUUUGGUGGAGGAGGCACUUUGAAUUCAUUUUCUCCGAGAGAACAUUAAAGACGAGAAAAUUAAGGAAUUAAGGAAAUUUCCUUUCCUUGUUCAUUGAAGAGAGCAAAACAAAUCUGGGAUUUAAAGAAGCCAUUGGUGGGCCCACAUGGAUUACUUCACUCUUUUAGAUAUCUGAUGUUUCUUUUGAUCACUAGAGUUUCUGCUUUCAUUGCCGGCACAUGAAUUUUUUAGGUCCUCUCAACCACUGGAAGAGAUCUAAGGCUGUCUACGAUCAAUCCAAAUCUUCUCAAACAGCUUCCCACCUCAUAAAACUCGUUUCUUUCUCGUACCCGAGUUUCAUUCCUUGUGUUGAAGAUUCAGUACCUUUUCUCUCAUCGUUUCUGACCAGUUCAUCUCCUUUGUGCCGAGGAUCUAAAGUGCUUUCCCUGUUGUGUACCCACAUGACAGAUACCGAAGGAAGAGGGAUAAAUUGGUAGAGAGAGCCUCUGUGGCACGCUUACCACUAGAGUGGGGCAAUUUCCAAGCAUACUGCUACAGAUCCCUGCUGGAUGGGAUGGAACACAUUGCCAUGGUGAAAGUAAGCAUUUUUAUUCAAAAUCACAAAGCAUUUCCGACCUUCGUAAGCAUUGUUUGAUAAACCCAGGUGGGCUUUGAACGCAGGGAGAGAUUGGAGAUGGGCAAGAUAUUCUUGUGAGGGUGCACUCCGAGUGCCUCACAGGGGACAUUUUUGGCUCGGCCAGGUGUGACUGCGGGAACCAGCUGGCUCUGGCCAUGGAGCUUAUCGAGAAGACCGGAAGGGGCGUGCUGGUGUAUCUCCGCGGCCAUGAAGGGAGGGGCAUCGGUCUCGGGCACAAGCUUCGGGCUUACAAUCUGCAGGACGACGGAAGGGACACUGUGGAAGCCAAUGAGGAGCUCGGCUUACCCGUUGACUCCCGUGAAUAUGGCAUCGGCGCGCAGGUCCCAUCUUCCCCCUGGCAGAAACCCUAAUCCUCGUUCUAUCAGUCAUCUUCUUCAUCCUCCGUGAGUUUUACUGCUGAAUUGAGCUACCAUAUUGUUCUGCAGAUUCUUCGCGAUAUCGGCGUCAGGACGAUGAAGCUGAUGACGAACAACCCGUUGAAGUACGUGGGGCUUAAGGGCUACGGCCUUAGCGUCGUGGGGAGAGUCCCUCUUCUUACUCCCAUCACCAUGGAGAACCAGAGGUACAUGGAGACCAAGAGGGCCAAGAUGGGGCAUCUCUAUGGGCCCCAAAUCAACCGCCAGGUGACGAAUUUGCUCGACGGGAAUGGAAACCGCGGGGCCCAGUAG